UAUUCAGUGUCAGUAAAUCUAUAGGAUACGUAACACAAACUGUUCGUCGUAUGUUCGUCGUAUUGGCAGUGAAUUUCGGAACAUAGCUAUGCUAGUGACAUUGUCGUUAGGAGGUUACAAAAUAAGGCUGCUGAAUCGUGGUUUUCGUUGCUUCUUUUCGUGUUCGCACGUUGCGGUAGAGAAUCCACCAAUCAUGCAAAUCUUCGUGAAAACUCUCACGGGUAAAACUAUUACCCUUGAAGUUGAGGCAUCUGAUACCAUUGAAAAUGUUAAAGCCAAGAUUCAAGAUAAAGAGGGAAUUCCACCUGACCAACAAAGAUUAAUCUUUGCUGGUAAACAAUUAGAGGAUGGAAGGACCUUAUCGGACUACAACAUCCAAAAAGAAUCGACCCUUCAUCUAGUGUUGCGCUUGCGAGGUGGUGCUAAGAAGCGCAAGAAGAAAAAUUACUCCACCCCCAAAAAAAUCAAGCACAAAAAAAAGAAAGUAAAGCUUGCUGUGCUGAAGUAUUACAAGGUGGAUGAAAACGGCAAAAUCCAUCGUUUGCGUCGGGAAUGCCCGAUGGAGCAAUGCGGCGCAGGUGUAUUUAUGGCCGCAAUGGAAGACCGGCAUUAUUGCGGAAAAUGCGGAUAUACUCUUGUUUUUAACAAACCGGACGAUAAAUAAAAAAAUAAAGUUCUACAUAUGUAAUAUGUAAAUAUUAUCUUUCAUUGCUCCGUUUCUUUUAAUUAAAUUUAAUUUGUCAGACGUGUA